CAGAUCGUUCUGUAUGACGAGUGGCGUUCAACGACGGGGUAUAGUUUUAUAUAUGUGUAUAUAUAAGCAGACACUUCUUCAUUCAUAGAACAGUGAUCACAUCGUCAUAUCGAUCACACCGUAUUGUAAACACAGUUGGUUGGCUGGAAAAACAUCGACUAUAUAUAAAUAUAUGCAUAUUAUACUCUACUGAUUUAAUUCACUUUUACUCUUUUCAGAAUAAGUGGAAAUUAGUCAAAAGGCUAAAAAUUUCGGAAUGACGGAAAUUCUCUACGGGGGUGCCAGAAACUGUUUAUUUGUUAACCUAGAAGCGUUGAUUAACUGAAAAGUUAGAAAAACUUUUGGCGAAAUCAUCUUAAGUCUUGAAUGAUAUAUUCCCAAUGGGAACUGGAUCAAGAUACAAUUAGUAAGUUGACUAUAUCUAGGAGAAGUGAGCGGUGUUAUUUAGCUAAUUGCGGUCUCUUUGGAGUUCUAUCUAUAAUCAGUGAAGAUGGAUGGCUUGGUUGACGGCGGUUUAUCUGGUGACAGUCAUUCAGUGUUGGCCUUAACAUCUCAGGCGAUAAACUUGACUCUUAACCUGCCGCUGGCGAAUAACAGGACACCCGAGGUGGAAGAAAAUCCGAUGGUCUCGACCAGCUAUAUCGCUAUUUUUUCAACUUUAUUUUGUGUUGUGGGGUUUGUCGGAAUUAUCGGCAACUUUAUGGUCAUUUACAUCAUUCUAGCGGAUCGAAAAAUGCGAAAAUCUGUGACAAAUAUGCUUAUUCUGAACUUGGCAAUUGCUGAUUCAAUAAUCAUGUUAUUUGGAGUUCCCGAAAUUGUACUAUUCAUGCUUAAUAGGGGCUGGCUGAUGGGAUUGGUUAUGUGUAAAUUACAGAGGACCCUACUCGUCUGUGGUCUGUAUUCCUCAGUGUUAACCCUUGUUGCGGUCUGUGUUGAAAGAUACAUCGCCAUCGUGUUUCCGAUACGAGCUCACUUAUUGUGUACCAAAAAGAGAACAUUCGUGGUCAUUGUUAUCAUUUGGUUUUUGUCUCUGUGGUGUGGAAUUCCAACCGCCAUGUUUAAUACAGUGGCGCCACCUGCCCGCAACGUGACAGUGGAAUUUUGUACGACGCAAUUUCCGCAUAAUCCUGCAGAGUACAUGAAGUUAUUUAAAUUCUCCGAAUCUGUUUUUUUCUACUUCGGGCCAUUGUUGGUACAGCUGGUCUGCUACAUCGUCAUCGGUAAACGACUUUUUGUUGGCGUAGAGUUGUUGCAUCGUAACGCGACUGUGCGCUGUAGAAACGGAACCAACCACAACAGUAGAAAUCGGGAACGGACGUCUGAAGCUAUACGUGCUCGUAAGGGUGUAGUGAAAAUGUUAAUAGCAAGUGUUAUCAUAUAUUUCUUAAGCUACUCUCCUCAUCAAAUUUUACUUUUCUAUAACACAUUUUCCCAACACCCCUUCCAUCAUUCGUGGCUUCUUGUAGUGAUAACAAAUACUCUGGCUUAUAUUAACUCCGCGGCCAAUCCUAUAUUAUAUUGUGUAUUCAGUGAAAAUUUCAGACUUAAAUUCCGUAAACUGUUACGUUGUGUUACAUGUUGGAAGGAUGACCUGGACCGAUCAAGAGUAAUCAGCAUGGCGUCGUACACAGAACACACAACUCUAUUACUCAGACGUUCUGUUCGUCGUGGUGUGCCGCCUAGUGCCGUUUGAUCCCGGAUGUUUUUUUUAAUGUAUUUAUUAAAUGCUUCACGUGUCUGGUGCAGUCUAUGUGAUAUAUACGUCAGUUAAUCUAUUUGAUGUUACAUAUUAAAGGCAGUAUUACCGCUCCUUGUAUUUGAUAGUGCCUGACCGAAACCUACGGCACCUUCUAGCCUACUCCGUGAGAGAUUUCUGUCAAAUAAAUAAAGCGCUGAAUUGUUAUUCCGUACCUUUUGUCGAUUCUUGUUGUGGUAUUUAAUUAGUGUAACAUUCUUAUUCAUUAUUUUCAUUGCUCCAAAUGUAUCAAACCAUAUAUUAUAAAAAUUGAAAUACUUCAGACUUUAGG